UUCGUCAAAAUGGUGACAAAGAUUCUUCCGUUGAUUGCAUUUCUGGCUAUUGUUCGAGGAGAAGUAGAUCCUUCAAAUGGGCGAAGAGCACCGUAUGCCCCAGCUGGUUGGCAUCCAAGGAUUCCUUUUAACUUACCCAACGAGUAUUUCCCUCCCAUCCGUUCAAGUCAGGGUGUGGAAAUCACCAAGGCAAGAGUGGAUCAGAUCCAUCCAGUGGAGAAACCUCAAUCGAAUUAUCUCCCACCACAACAAGUGGAUAUUCCUGAGGAAGAGAUUUCCCCCACCCCCCGACCGACCAACCAGUACGGUCCACCCAAUCCUGGUUUUAAGAUCAUCUAUCCCGAUGAGGAGGCAGUCGCUGAAAAGGAAUCCACUGAUGACCAGCAACCGAAAUUAAGAGAGGGCCGAUACUUCAUUAUCUCCAAGGAUAAUAUACUCCAGAGAGUUACUUUCAGCUCUCAGCAAAAUGAAAAUGAAAACGAUUUUACUGCUCAGUUGAGUUACUCAACGGUUGGUCAGCUCAAGGAUCCUGUCUAUCGAUACAACAACCAUGGUCAAUUGGAAAGAGUCUUGAAGUAACUUAUAAAUCGCUGAAUCACUGAAUAUUUUUGCGUGUGUUUACCACAAUAAUAAUAAUACAUUUUUUAAUGCAUGAAAGCCCUCUACCUACUUUUAAUUAUCUAUUAAAAAUGCAACAGGGAAAAAAUGC